GGAGGAAGAAGAGAGAGAGAGAGCGAGGUUACACGCAGACAGAGGAGAGGAAGUGAGGUGUCGAGGUCAUGGAUGCCCUGGCACUGGAGGCCACCCAGCCCAAAAAGGCCUCCCCGCCUGCCGCGCCCGUUCCAGCCAAACGCCCCAAACCCGCCAAAAAGGCUAAAAAAGCUGUGGUUUUCUUUGAGGUGGAGAUCCUGGAUGCCAAGACCAAGGACAAGCUCUGCUUCCUGGACAAGGUGGAGCCAAAUGCCACCAUCGGAGAGAUCAAGUCCAUGUUCCACAAGUCCCACCCACAGUGGUAUCCGGCCAGACAGUCCAUCCGCCUCGACCCCAAGGGGAAGUCUCUGAAGGACGAGGACGUGCUGCAGCAGCUCCCUGUGGGGACCACCGCCACCUUCUACUUCAGAGACCUGGGAGCACAGAUCAGCUGGGUCACUGUGUUUCUGACAGAGUAUGCCGGGCCACUCAUCAUCUACCUGCUGUUCUAUUUCCGGGUUCCCUUCAUCUACGCCCCGAAGUACGACUUCACCACCAGCAAACACUGGGUUGUGCAUCUAGCAUGUAUGUGUCACUCCUUCCACUACGUCAAGAGACUCUUGGAGACCCUGUUUGUCCAUCGCUUCUCCCAUGGCACUAUGCCCCUGCGCAACAUCUUCAAGAACUGUACCUACUACUGGGGCUUCGCUGCAUGGAUGGCCUAUUACAUCAACCACCCUCUCUACACGCCACCCAUCUAUGGAGAGCAGCAGGUGAAGAUGGCCCUCAUUAUAUUCCUGUUCUGCCAGAUCGGAAAUUUCUCCAUCCACAUCGCCCUGCGCAACCUUCGACCUCCCGGUUCUAAGACCAGGAAGAUCCCGUACCCCACAAAGAAUCCCUUCACCUGGAUCUUCCUGCUCGUCUCUUGUCCUAACUACACCUAUGAGCUGGGGUCCUGGCUGGGCUUCACCCUGAUGACCCAGUGCCUGCCGGUGGCCUUCUUCACCCUGGUGGGCUUCGUCCAGAUGACCGUGUGGGCCAAGGGCAAGCACCGCAGCUACCUGAAGGAGUUCCGUGACUACCCCUCCCUCCGCUCCCCCAUCCUGCCCUUCAUCCUGUAGCCCCCCCCCCCCCCCCCAGAUCCUCGGACCAUCUCCAGACACACAAGAUCCAGCUCGCUCCAAUCAGGACUUUGCUUUUCUGGGAGAUUGCUGCUCAUUGGCUAGUGAUGGGAGAAGGUUGGGCUUCAUGAAUCCCCCCACUCCCCAGUGGGUGGAGCCAUGUGUUACCAGGCAACCACUUACUUCGACCACUUGUAGUAUUUGGCUUUGGAGGCUGGAGAGGGAAAUGUGUUUUGAUUGGUUAGUACAAUGUGUCAGUCAUUGGGUGGCACGUUAGCUUCAUCCGGAUUGGGAGGUUCAUGAGGUCACCCAAUCCCAUCCCCAUCAUAAAGGAAGUCAGUGUAUUGGUCUGAUGUGAGUGUCCUUGGGUUCUGUCUAUUUCUCACAUUAAUUGGGUAUAUUGUAAAAAAAAAAGGGCUCAUUAAGAGAGGAAUAAAAUAACAAUUGUACUUGUUAGUUUAGAACAUUAAUGUAUCAAAAUUGGUCCGUGGCAUUGGGAACUUAAUGUUUUGUUGAUAAAUGUUGUUGAGCCAAUUUCUUGAUUAAGAAAAAAGAAAAACAUAAUAUUUUAAUAGGCUUUCUUCCAUGAAUCCAAACCGUAAAGCACUGGAAAUGUGUUUGCCCUGUAAUCUAGGCAACUUUGUUCUUUUGAUCUAUGUAAGGCUAAUUUCUUACAAAAAAAAGUUUUUUUCUGUCUUAUGUCUGAAUGAUUCAUUACUGAUUUCUCUUGUUUACUAAACAUACUGUUUACAGCAGUGUCUACUGAAUAUA